AUGGAGACAACAUUGGUUUUCUUUUCUCAGUUAAGGAUGUGUGAAUCAAAAGAAAAACCUUUUGUGGAUUUAAUGCAUAGUUCAGGAAGAGAAAGAAAAAGCGAUGAAGUUAAAAUCAGAGCUAAAGAGAAAAGAAACCGGCUAAGUCUUCUCCUGCUAAAACAAGAGUUUCAUGAAGAGACCCAUCCCUGUACAUCUGGGCACUUAGCCAAAGAUACAAGAAUUUCCCCUGAAGAGACAUUAAAAUGGGGUGAAUCAUUUGACAAACUGCUUUCCCAUAAAGGUGGACUAGAGGCCUUUACCAGAUUUCUUAAAACUGAAUUCAGUGAAGAAAACAUUGAAUUUUGGAAAGCUUGUGAAGAUUUCAAGAAAAUCAAGGAGCCACAACAAAUUAUCCAUAAAGCAAAAACAAUAUAUGAGAGAUUUAUACAAACUGAUGCUCCACAAGAGGUUAAUCUUGAUUUCCACACCAAAGAAAUUAUUACAAAGAGCAUCACACAACCUACUCUCCAUAGUUUUGAUGCUGCACAAAGCAAAGUGUAUCGGCUUAUGGAACAAGAUAGUUACACACGUUUUCUGAAAUCUGACAUCUAUUUAAAUUUGAGAGAAGGAAAACCUCAGAGACCAACAAAUCUUAGAAGACGAUCACGUUCAUUUACCUAUAAUGAAUUUCAAGACGUAAAGUCAGACGUCGCCAUUUGGUUAUAA